GAAUCUUAUGAUACAAAGUUUAAUCACUGGGUGGAUGUUUAAGACAGAUAUCUUGCCAGCUACCAGACUUCUGUAAAAAUGGCCUAUUUUUCGCCAGCUUCUGUCAGUUUAGAGGGCAACAUAACCUGCUCUUUGUGUCAAAUGGUAUUGAGAGAGCCCGUGACAAUAACCUGUGGACAUAACUUUUGCCGGCAAUGUCUUGACAAAGAGUGGGCAGCUUCUAGAAAGGAAGGAUAUUCCUGCCCUGACUGUCACAGAGUGUACAAGAACAGACCUGCCUUCGAGGUAAAUCACAAGCUAAAAAAUGUACUGGAACUGACUGAAGCAAACAGUAAGAAAACAGGAAAUAUAGUAACAUACUGCGAUUUCUGCUUGGAAGAUCCUUUACCCUGUGUAAAAAUCUGCAAGACCUGUGAUGUCUCUCUCUGUCAGCUUCAUCUCAGAAAACAUCAGGACAAAUUUUUAUGGAAAGUGCAUGUGUUAGUGGAGCCCACAUUAACAGUGCAGAACAAGAAGUGCUCUGAACAUAACAAGGCCAUUGAGUAUUAUUGCAGUAAUGAUCAGAGUUUUAUUUGUGCUUCAUGCUGUGUCGUUGGCUCUCACAAAACUCACCAGGUUCAGACACUGACAGAAGCCCAUCAGGACACAAAAGCUUUUCUUCAGCAGGAAAUAAAAGGGAUGCAGCAAUCCAGGAAAGCUCUAUGCAAGGUCUUAGCACAGAUGCAGAGGGCCGAGGCAGACCUAAAGCAAAGCACCAAGGAGCUAAGAAUCCGGGUACAGAAUGUGUUUGAGGAGAUACAGACCUUAAUCAAUCAACAGGAAAAAGAGGUGCUGGAUUUAGUCUCAGCAGAAGAAGCAUCCCAACUGACUCUUUUAACUCAAGCCAUUCAGAAUAUGGAACAAAAACAAAAGUCUACUGACACACUUAUCCAAGAGGCCCAGUCUCUGUAUGACCAGAAUGAUGACAUACACACUGUCCAAGCAUUUAUGCCACUGCAGGAGAAAAUUCACAGCCAUGACACAACACUCGAGCAAGUGGUAAUUGAAGAGAAACAACUGGAUGAAGAUACAAUUCAGAAAAUUAAACAACAGACCCAAUCUUUUAUUAAUGAUGUAAGUGCAUCCCUAACUUGGAAGCUCAAGCAGUCUACAGGUCUUAUUCUUUGUUUGUUGAAUAAUUCAGAUACUAUUCCAGGCUAUGAAAUAACCGACUCUCCCUCAUAUUCUCCAGGAGCCUUGCAGGUGACACCAAACUGUGUACCCCAGGAUAAAUCUGCACUGCUCCAAGGUUACAAAAGAGUAACACUGAAACCAUAUCAUCUAGGAACAGAACCAGAUUCCCUGUAUAGCCUCAAUCAGAGGGCAGGUGGAUAUUGGACACUUAAAAGUGGUUUUAUUUUUUCUGUUAUGGAAAAAGAAGUCUUCCCUCAUUUCAAGUGCAACCCACGAUUAUCUUCUGGGGAUAACUACUGGGAGGUUGAAUUGUUUUCAACAGGACAUGGGAGAUUUAGUUUAGGUGUCACACACCAUCACAAUGAAAGUUACAGAAUUCAUUGGGAUGAUUCUGAAUUGUGGGCUUGUGCUUGGAAAACCCCUCACAAACGCCUCAAAGGAAUUAAAAUUGUUUUUCCAGUUAAGAUUAUUAUUCUGUUUAGCUACAGACAAGGUCUUCUUUCAUUUUACCAACAGGUAUUAGGGGAUAAACAACAGCAAACAGCAUUCUUUCCAUCUGCACAGGAAUGCAACAGUCUGGUACAUCUGCAUACAUUUGAUUGUGCAUUUUCUAGGCACAUUGUUCCUGGCUUUAGUUUAUGGGCCUGUGAUAUAAAGUUCUUAUAGCUGCUUGCAGUCUUAAUACAUAAAUCCCCUUGAUUUCAUCAACUGCAAUUGGUAUUGUCUAUAUUAGGACAUAAGGAGUUUUUUAUCUAUUAUUCAUGUAUUUAAAAUAAGUUUCCUGAAUUUUAGAACCAAUGUAUGACUGACAGUAUAUGAGACAAGUUUUACAGUGAGACUUUAUUUCACUUUAAUGAUUGCUAAUAUAUUUAAUACUGUAGCACAAAUCUGCAGCCUGCUCAAAUGAGCUUAAGGACUCUUGUAACUUUCCUGGGUAUAUCUGAGACUCCAUGUUAUUUUGUCUUUGUAAUGUAUAUGUGUAAUUGUGUGUGUACAGGUAGGCACAUGCAUUUAUAUUUGUCUAUGCAUAUGUGGUGUUUGUGUUUAUGUCUGUAACAAGAUAAACAAAUGGCAAAAUCAGUAAAUGAAGUAUGUAUUUUUAAUGCGUCUUUGUAUAAAUGCUGAGUCAGAUACCAUCUUUCAUGAUGUAGUUACAGGCAUAGAGUUGGAAGGACUGAGACAUGAUCUUCCUUUAUGUGUGUAACAAAACAAAUGAUUAUGCACAGUGGCUCAUUGGUAACACUGUCCGCCUCUCAGCUCCGGUGUUCAACUGUCACUUUUGGUCACUGUUUGUGUGUCCAUUCACUGUAGCUCUGUAGGUUUCUCUCAACUUUCAAAAGCAUGCUGGUCGAUUUACUUAACUGUCAUAAAUGUGUUGUUUCUUUUAUUAAAGGCCCCAGCCCUUUAUAUUCAUUGCCUUACCCUGUCCUUUGGAGCCAGCAGUCAGCUAGCAUGCUUUAGU